UUCACUUAUUUCCAGGUAAUACAGUGACGUGACUAUGGUACCAUGGAGAAGGCUAGCGCAUUUGAAUAUCUUCCUGUUGACUGUCUACCUGUCAUUAGUAACGUCACAGACAUUCAAAGUUCUCAAGAUCGGUCAGAUCGAACUGCAAGGAGGCAAGGCUCCCUCUGAAGGAAACGUCAUGGUAUCAGCCGGGAAGGACAAGCAACUCCUGCCUCUGUGUGACGAUAAUUUCGGAAUGUCCGAAGCAAAUGCCGUGUGCUCGAGGCUCGGUUUCCCGAGAGCUCUCAGGUUCACCCGCCAGAACUUCUUUGGACAACAACAACAAUCAUCUUCUCGAUGGGACCCUGAAGGAUGGCAGUCAAUGUACAAUUUGGACUGUCCAGAUCUGAGUGGGACAUCCGACAUCAAUAAGUGUAUUCUGUCUGAAAACCAGCCAGAUAUGUGUGACAUCUCAGAGGUUGCCGGCGUUGUUUGCCAAACAAGCGGCGAUGUUCCAGGCUGUUCGGACGGCAAUUUCGUGUGUGACCUGGAGACUCUCUCGUCUAGUCCUUGCAUUCCCGAGUCGAGCGUCUGUGAUGGAGUUGGCGACUGUGCAAAGGGAAGUGACGAAGAUGAGAAGCUAUGCAACAAAGAGGGAAUAGUCCGCCUGGAAUCCAACCUGGACGUCGUCUACCCAGAUAACACAAUUGCUGGAAAUGUCUACAUCAAGUACAAUGCAACCUGGAGCCCGAUAUGCCAUCCGUUCUUUGGUCAAGCCGAGGCUGAAAUUGUGUGCAGGAAUCUUGGCUAUGGAGGAGGCAUGGUGCAAGCAAUCAUGGGCGCUUACUUUGGAGAGGGUUCUGAGCCCAUACUCUUCACCGAAUUUUCCUGUAGUGGGUCAGAAGCUUCUCUGACGCAGUGUCCGGGAUUUGUCUGGAAACAAGGCAGCAACUGUUCUACUAGUGCAAUUGCUGGAGUAUUCUGCCAUACUGGGAAUCUAGAUGUUCACCUGGUUGGUCGCAAAAGCAAGAGCAACAGUAAGGCCGGACAUGUGGAGAUCAGCUCCAGCAGCCUCCCUUCAUCAGGAGCUGUUUGCGGCACAGGAUUCGACGACUUGGAUGCCCAGGUCAUCUGCAGGAUGCUCGGUCACGAUCCUCUGCAAGCCACAUCACGCAAAGAGUCUCCCCCUGGAGUGGAAUCUGCUUUUAUCUGGAAUUUCUUAUUGGAUUGUAAAGGGAACGAAAAAAAUAUUCAGGAAUGCAAGAUUUUUGUCUCCAAUACCACAUGCGCGCCUCAGGAUACAGCAUAUGUGUCAUGUUUCAGAGAAACGAAGAAGUCUGUGGACAAACUCCUCAGAGCUGUCCUGCCCCGUGACUGCGGGCAAGCUGUGGACGCCUCCGACCGAUUCCUGACGAACCUUGCCAAAAUCAGAGGAGGAUACGUGUCCCCCCAGUUCGACGUCCCUUGGCUAGUCGCUCUUCAGUACAGGACUCCCACAGGCUACCAGCACAACUGCGGCGCUGUCAUCAUCUCAGAAUAUUACGUCCUGUCAGCUGCCCACUGUUUUCUCGUCCAAGGGAAACUGGACUACAUCGUGAGGGUGGCAGAGUACAAUAACAACUACGACGAACCUUUCCAACAGGACUUCUUCAUCGAUAAGUUGUGGAUACACGAAGCCAAUAGGGAGAUCUCAGCCUUCGACAAUGACAUAGCUCUUAUCAAGAUCGAACCUGUUAAUGGCAGAGGAAUAAGACUUGGCGAACGAGCACAGGCCGUCUGUCUACCUCGCUUAGGUGAGUCCUACGACAGGAACCUGAAGUCCUGCGCUGUUGCAGGAUGGGGGACUUCUACCAACGACUCGUCGGAAGUCACACUGCCUCUGCCUUUGCCCCCAAAGGAUUCAACAAGAACCGACGAUAGAAGGUUAUGGGUCGGAAACUUAGAUACUCGUAUGAGAGAGUAUCAACUCCUUAAAAUGGUGGAAAAUUUUGGUCCAUUGGUGGAAUUUGAUUUUCUGUACCAUCGUUCGGGACCUCAAGCUGGGCAGCCACGGGGAUAUGCCUUCGUUACCUUUAAAUCUUCACAAGCAGCCCACGCGGCCAUGCAGAUGCUCGACGGUAAGGUCAUCUUCGGCAGAAGGAUAGCAGUGAAAUGGGCUCACGCACAAGAUGAGAGUGUAUAUGAAAGAAGUAAAGAGAAACCAGCCCCUCCUAUACUGAGUGGAGGGAAAGCAGAAUCUAGUCAAAUUAGUAAAAAGAGCAAGAUAGCAGCAUUAGAAGCCAAGCUCAAGUUACUUGAAGAAGAUAAUCUGAAAGUCAGCCUCACGCCUGAUGUAGGUGCCAGUGCUUCCAACCCUACCUCUGUAACAUACUCAUUCAUUGAAAGAAAAGCAAAGAUGCAAGGGCACAAAUCAACUUCUAGAUCUCAAUAUUCUACUAAUCCAUACCCAAGAUCUCGUACUUCAAAAAAGCGCUGAAAUAUUAACUUAUGGUUUAUGAACAGUUUUAGCGUUUUAUUUGCAAAGAGGAUUCUUUGGCUAGUCACACCAUGAAGACAUGCAACUCUAAAAGAGGUGGUUAUGAAGAUGUUUUUGUGUAAAAGAUAAAAAGGUCAGAACGUGUUAAACAGUAUGUCCUUUUAUCACUCAUUUUUAUCAGGUCGCAAAAUAUUUUCUUCAUUUCGAGGCAGUUAUUUACCAAUGAUUUUGGUAGUAUCAGGCAAUGCAGAAUGUAUUAUCAUUAGAAUAAAUUCAGUGACAUAUAAUGUUUACUCAUAAUGUCAUUCAUAUUUUCCUUUUGAAUCGUUUAGGUUUCUGGGUAGACUGUAGAAUGUUGUUUUGCUUGUCAGUGAGACUUGCUGUCAAUCUUUUGUCGUUUUUCUGUUACUACGGUUUGCUUAAACUUGCUCAAUUGAAAAAUAUUUACUCCUGCCUAGUGGUUUUGUGCAAUUCAGGUUUUCCCUUUACAGGGUCAGAUAUGCAGUGAACUGUCUCCACUUUCUCUGCCCCUUGCACUUCAUCUCUGAACUCCCAUUAGUUCUAGGUCUUUAUCUAUUCCCUCUCCAUGAUUUUCUGGGCCUUCCUGCAGGUUGUUGUUUUACUGCUUCUAUAUCUACUGCUAUUCUGACUAUAUGCUCAUCAUCCCUCCUCAUCACAUCUCUAAACCAUCCUAGUCUUUUGAUCUCAGUCUGCUUUUAAGCCACUGAAUUCCACAUCUCUCUUCCACUUCCUCACUCACAAAACAGUCUUCUCCCUGUGCUCUGGUUAUGGACGUUAACAUUUGAUGGUCACCCUUUCAGAAUCUCCUCCAUUUUCUAUGGUCAGCGCCCCAUGUUUCCUAUGUGCCUCAUGUACUCAUCAUAAGUUUUUGCUCUCUCUUUCUUUCUACUAAUGUGAUAUUUAUUUUCAUAAUAAUUAUUGUUUUGCUGUCUAUAUAUUUCAUCUAAGAUUUUAUCUAGUAGGUAAAUUGUGCCAUGAUAGUAUUUUUAUAUCAGUUAUCUCUAGCUACCUAUGAUCAAGUUGGCUAAUUUUAUAAUAUUAAAUUUUUCCUUUGCUUAGGAGGAUUUUUUUUUUUGGUAGUGUGAUAUUUUAAUUAGGAGAGAGGACAAAGAAGUAUUUGAAAGCUACAGAUUCAUUGUUUACUUCCUUAACUUGAUGUUUUCUUUGAAUAUUAUGCAAAUUUUCAUUAUACAGUUUACCCGGACCACCGAGUCACAAUUUUAGAUUAUGAUAGGGCUGGCCAAUAAUAUUGAGAUCUUUUUAAAGAUGAAAGCUUGGGUUAGUGAUUUUAAUUAAAUAUACAAACACUUUUUUUUUCUGUCUGUAUUGAACAGUUUUAAUUUGAUGUCAGCAUCUAAAAGAAGUACUUUAAAUGCAGCAGAGGAAAUAUGCAAGGAGACAUCUGGACAAGGUUAGAAUCUGGAUGUAAAAACAUUUGAUUAGAAGAAACCUUCAAGCUCUGGAAGAGGGCCCACAUGAAAAAAAGCAGGGAUGUAUGUAGUGAUUAAGAAUAGGAGCUGAGAGGUAUGGACCUGAAUCUCAAUAUAAUGGAGGGAAAAAAAAGAGACUAGUAGUAUAUGCUUGAUAAAAGUGGUUGUGGAAAGAUAGGAAAGGUAGAUUGGGAAAAGCAUUUAAAAGAUGAAAAUGAGGAGAUAGUUGAAAAUAUAGAGGUAUACUGGAAGGAGGUAUGCAGUACAGUAUUUUGAAAACCUGAUUGAAGAAAACAAAUAUGAAUGGGAGGAUACUGGUAUGCCAGAAGGUCCACUAGAGGGAAUGAGAGUUGAAGAGGUUAAAACGAUCCUUGUUGAAGAUGAAAAUAGAAAAAAGUUCCUAGACAAUCUGUAAUAGGCUGUGACUUUAUCAAAGCAACAGGAGAGCCAGUCAUUCAUGAGCUUACUCAGAGUUUAUGAAAACCUGAUGUAAGGAGAGAUAGGACCCAAGAAAGGGAGAAGAGCCAUAAAAUAAUGGUAUACAAAGGAAAUGCGGAUACACUGCAGUGUGAAAGUUACGUAGAAAUAAGAUCACAUAAGCCUGUUAUGAAGAGUGUAAAGAUGCUAGAGGAAAGACUGAGAAAAAUUGUCUAAACUGAUAAUUGUCAGUUUGGCUUCAUGCAAGAUACCAACAAGAGAAGCAUUCUUUACAAUGAGUAAACUGCAGGGAAAAGUACCGCUCAAAGAGAUUAUACAUACCACAGAAUUUUGGAUCUUGAAAAGUCUUGUAUACCUAGUAAUGUUACUCUACCUACCUAAACACUAGUUUUAAUCUGAAGACUGUUGCAGGUGCGUCAAAAGAUUAUCAGAUAAAUAAUGUCGUCCAUUAAGGAUCGGCAGUGAGUCCUUUGCACUCUAUCAUGACAAAUAAAGAAGCUACAAAGAAGUGCAAAACAGGUGGCCCCUGGGAACAGCGUAAUCCCAGUAGCCUAGUUCUAACAGCAGAAUUUGAAAGUGGUUAGAAAAUCACACAAGGCAAAAGAAUGCUUGGAGUGACAUGGAAGGAAGCAAAGGAAAGCAUACAAUAAUGAAAGUGUUCUUGUGGUUGAGGGAAAGGUGUUAGGGAUUACAAAAUGUACAUGGAGUAAGAGACUUUCAAUGUCCACAGUCUAUCAAGUGCACACAUGGGAAGAGAAGGGAGUCGAGAACCGUGUGAUAGAUGGGCAGGUCUUAGAAGAGAUAGAUCAUUUCUGUUACCCUGACAACAUAGACUGUUGAGUAGAAACUCAGAAAGCAGUAAGAAAGGGAGUAGCUGAAGCAUGGAUUAAAUGAUAGGUAUGGCUAAAUUACGAGCAAAUUAAAAUGCAAUCAGGAAAGGCCGGAACUACUCUAUUCAGCAGAAACAUGGACACUGACAAUGAGAAUGGAGGAGAUUUUUGGAACAUGUUAGGAAGACUGGUGGAGAGAUGUGGCUUCAAGAGGCUGGAGAAAAGACUAAUAUAUCAAUGAUGAAGAUGUUUUGGAAGUGCAAGGAAAAUGGAUAAGGAACAUUUGGAAGCAGCUGGACAACGACCUGCAGGAGGCCAAGGAAGUCCUAGAGCUAUGUAAUGGAAGACCUAGACAUGACAGGAGUUACGGCUGAAAGGUAACAGGUGGAAAGAACUCAUUUUAAGCCUAACCCCAUUAAGGGAAAAAUCAACAAUAGAAAACUUGAAGAUGAUUCAAUAAUAGAAUUGUUUAUUAGGCCCAAGUUUACAUAAGUGGUAUUGUUGUAGUUGGUGGUAGAAUUGAAAAUCAGUGCAUUGAUCUCUUACAUUAUUAGCCAGCCUUAUAGAAAGAUUACAUGAUGAAGGAGAGGUAUGACCUUGCAUCAUAGGCAAUGGAACUUUUUUCAUUUCUCUAGCAGUUUUAAUUGCUGAUGAUCUUUAGUCGAAUGUGUAAUCCUUGCCUUAAAACUAUUACUUUACAGUUAACAAAGUUCUUUCAAGUGAAACACAAUACUAAUGAAUACUGAACACUGUUAUCAAGGCAGUGUAACUAUGUAUCAUGUUAUGUGUACCAAUAAUUUAGCCUUUAAGCGUGUUUGGCAGUUGAAAACAUUUCUUUUGUAUGUGAUAUUGUUGUUACAAUGACUUUCCGAAAAUAAAUGCAUACGUGUAUGUACUGAAGAAA